AGAAGUUUAAAAAAUGGCGAAGUUUGUGACACCCGUGAUCCAGGACAACCCCUCCGGCUGGGGCCCGUGUGCCGUGCCCGAGCAGUUCAGGGACAUGCCCUACCAGCCUUUCAGUAAAGGAGACCGCCUGGGAAAGGUGGCCGAUUGGACAGGAGCCACAUAUCAGGAUAAAAGAUACACAAACAAGUACUCGUCGCAGUUUGGUGGCGGAAGUCAAUAUGCAUAUUUCCAUGAGGAGGAUGAGACUAGCUUCCAGCUGGUGGAUACAGCACGAACACAGAAGACGGCGUACCAGAGGAACCGUAUGCGAUUUGCACAGAGGAACCUUCGGAGAGACAAGGACCGUCGGAACAUGUUGCAGUUCAGCAUGCAGACGCUGCCAAAGAGUGCCAAGCAGAAGGAGAGAGAUCGUUUGCGCCUACAAAAGAAGUUUCAGAAGCAGUUUGGAGUGAGACAGAAAUGGGAUCAAAAAUCACAGCAGAAGCCUCGUGACUCCUCUGUUGAAGUUCGCAGUGAUUGGGAGGUGAAAGAAGAGAUGGAUUUUCCUCGGCUGAUGAAGAUGCGCUACCUGGAGGUGUCAGAGCCACAGGACAUAGAGUGCUGUGGAGCCCUAGAGUACUACGACAAAGCCUUUGACCGCAUUACAACAAGGAAUGAGAAACUACUGAGGAGCAUUAAGCGCAUCUUCCAUACCGUCACUACUACUGAUGACCCAGUUAUCCGAAAACUGGCAAAGACCCAAGGGAAUGUAUUUGCCACAGAUGCCAUCCUGGCCACACUGAUGAGCUGCACUCGCUCUGUCUAUUCCUGGGACAUCAUUGUCCAGAGAGUUGGAUCCAAGCUUUUCUUUGACAAGAGGGACAAUUCCGAUUUUGACCUCCUGACAGUGAGUGAAACAGCCAAUGAACCACCACAGGAAGAGGGCAACUCCUUUAAUUCUCCGCGCAACCUUGCCAUGGAAGCUACCUACAUCAAUCACAACUUCUCCCAGCAGUGUCUGAGGAUGGGAAAGGAGAAAUACAAGUUUCCAAACCCAAACCCCUUUGUGGAGGACGACAUGGAUAAAAACGAAGUAGCCUCUGUUGCAUACAGAUACCGAAGGUGGAAGCUGGGAGAUGAUAUAGAUCUCAUUGUCCGCUGUGAACAUGAUGGUGUGAUGACAGGAGCAAAUGGAGAAGUGUCUUUCAUCAACAUCAAAACACUGAACGAGUGGGAUUCCAGGUAUUGCAAUGGAGUAGACUGGCGCCAGAAGCUUGACUCUCAGAGAGGAGCUGUGAUUGCCACAGAGCUGAAAAACAACAGCUACAAAUUAGCCCGCUGGACAUGUUGCGCACUGCUGGCUGGAUCAGAAUAUCUUAAACUUGG